CUCCUGAUGGAGCAUGAAGCCGGAAGUAUUUGAAUAUGAAAUACACUAUUGGGGCUGAAGGGCACCGGCUGAAAAAAUUAUAAUUUUGCUACGGUUCAUGGUGGAAUUGACCGUAACUAGCAAAGGAUCAUGGUCGACGUAGUCGUUUUCAUCCUGCCCGAGUGAAUCUACCAUAGCAAACGACGCAUUCUUUAUCAAAACGGUCCACCAACCACGGAUAUUCCCCCGAAGUGGGAAAAGCAUAGCGAAACAGGCAGACGCAGGUCUGUAAGUCUGUUGCACGGUGGGCUAGAUAAAUAAAGGUAAAAUUAACUAGGCAAGUCAGUUAAGAACUUAUUCUUAAUUUCAAUGAUGGCCUGGGAACAGUGGGUUAACUGCCUGUUUAGGGGCAGAACGACAGAUUUGUACCUUGUCAGCUCGGGGGUUUGAAUUUGCAACCUUCCAAAUAAGGUUGCCUUUACACAUUGUUAUGUAUCUUGGCAUUAAAACACACCGGUAGGUAGCUCUUUUUGUCAGGUUUGUACUUUCCUCACUGUCAGUGGCACCACCAGUCUUUUGUAAUAAGUAGUGUUUAGUUCAGUUAAAUUGGUCAGCCAGACAUGAAAUUGCCAAAAGUAUAUGUGGACACCUGCUUGUCAAACAUCUCAUUCCAGAAUCAUGGGCAUUAAUAUAGAGUUGGUCCCCCCCCCUUGCUGCUAUAACAACCUCCACUCUUCUGGGAAGGCUUUCCACUAGACUUUGGAAUAUUGCUGCAGGGACUUGCUUCCAUUCAGUCACGAGCAUUAGUGAGGUCGGGCACUGAUGUUGGUCAAUUAGGCCUGGCUUGCAGUCGGCGUUCCAAUUCACCCAAAGGUGUUCGAUGGGGUUGAGGUCAAGGCUCUGUGCAGGUCAGUCAAGUUCUUCCACACCAAUAUUGACAAUCCAUUUCUGUAUGGACCUUGCAUUGUCAUGCUGAAACAGGAAAGGGCCUUCCCUUUCCUAUGACGGUGCCACAUUGAGUCACUGAGCUCUUCAGUAAGGCCAAUGUUUGUUUAUGGAGAUUGCAUGGCUGUGCUCUUUUUAAUUUAAUUUGUAUUUACCUGUCAGUAACAGCUGUGUCUGAAAUAGUCAACUCCACUAAUUUGAAGGGUUGACCACACUUUAGGCAAUGUAGUGUUCUUACCAACUUGGGAAUCCAGGGGGAAUUGUAAAAACAAAUAAUAAUAAUAAUUGUCAGGACAAACCAGUUAACAUUGGAUUUAUCAUAUGUUAAUAGCCAUUUGGCUGAAGUGUAAAAAUACAUAGUGAGCAGAACUAAACCUUCCAAUGAUCAGCUGUUGACCCUAUCAUAGAGGGUAGAAACUACACUUUUAUUCUCUUCAUAAUUAGACUUGCUGCAUUUGUCCUUCUAGUUUUUCCCUGGUUCAAUAAAAAAAAAUUGUUCAGUUAUUAGCAGCACAAGAGUGGAUAAUUGUGAAUUAAAGUUAAGCAACUUUUUAAAAUAAAACCAAUACUUAUCGGUUUAGUUGAACAUCUUGUUCAUGUCAGUAUGUGAUUACUUUGAGAUCCUCCAUUAAUCUUCAUUGUGAGUUGAUGUUGUUCAGGUGGGUGCCUUCUCCCUUGUUAGUUCAAAUGUUUUAAAUGAAAGUCAAUUAACUAAGACCAUACCUAGCUGUAUUGGUGUCUAUGGGAGACCCACCCAUUGUGACCUCUUUCCAGGACAAGACAUCCUUAAAUCAUGCACAGAUGCGUGCGACUCUUGGCUGCAGCAAGACAUCUGUAGCCUAGAUUUACGUUAAUACUUCUAAACAUAAUGUUUUGGGUUCUCAUACUUACAAUGAGGUUUUGAUUGUUUCUUGACCAGUUGCUAAGAUUAUAUUUGUUUGUGAUCUUUGCUAAAUAACUAUUUGGGGUGCGUCAGUUGCUUACACUCGUUGACAGUCUGUAGCAAAAGCUAACCAAAUAAGCAUUUUACUGGUUGAAGUGUUUAUAAUGCAGUUGGUUUACGAUAGUUACAAACAUAUUAAGCUUUCAUACGGGCUUUAAAAUUACAAUCCAAAAGUAUUAUGAAAUGCACUCGUAAGCAAAAGGUAAAUAGAGGCUUUUUUUUUGCUUGCAUUCUGUAAGAACUCGUUCGUGUUCUGUCACCAACUUGCGCGCAUCGCCCUCGUGCGGCAAAGUUUGACCACACAGAAAGGGAGUCUUAACCACCCGGUUAAGGCCUGCGUGAACUGUCAUCAGUUUUUAAACUGAGGCGCAACAUCGCGGGAACGUUUGCGAAAAGACCAGGGCGGGGUUUGAGUAGUCAAUGACAGAACGUUCUUCAUUACAAAUUAAUUUACUCAAUCUAAAGACCCAGCCCAAAAUUAAGCAAAUGUCAUAAGUAGUUGAACAUUUUUUUUAUCCAAUCUCGUGAAAGUGACAAACUGACACUUUUUGUCGAAAACAACUUAAUAUCAAAAGAGUGCAUUUGAUUUGAGACCCUGCACAUGCGCAGUUCAGCACGAGAGACGGAUAAUGUUGUUUCUGAGCAUGAGUUUUAAGCUAGCCAUGACAUCGCCUACAGGUGUGAUCGGGGAUUUCUAUUGGAGACAGAAAUUGCUUCAAUAUAAAUACUGUUCUUUCUUUGAUAUUGUCAUUUCUCCACGGUCAUUGCCAUACGUCCCAAUGGUGAGGACGCCCCAAGGAUUCUGAAUAGCACUAGCAAUUUAUUCACCAUUUUAGUGAAGUUUUAACAUUUUGACAAAGGUGAAAGAGAUUGACCCGGAACAACAUAGCUAAGUAGCCGGAAAGAGGUUUACAGAAAUAGUAGUUUGCAAAAAGAGGGAUGUAUCCAGCUAGAUUGGACCUGACUAGGAGUUUUUGUUUUGUAGAAUGACAGGCCAAGAAUAAGUUUUUCUGUCCGCAUUGGCUAGCUAGCUUGUGAGCUAGCAUAAUACCUCUCACCGAUACGGGUUCCACGGGAAAUGGUCGACGUUCUCAUGUGCCCAUGGAGAAGGCGGUCUUUGAGGGGUGGCUGGAGUCAGUCUCCGCCUCUUUCCUCUCGCUUAGUGACCAGCAGCGCAACCAGUCCCUGGACCAGCUCAUCUCGCUGAGUAAUGCUGUCCAGCUCCGGCACCUGUCCAAUGGGCUGGAGGCGUUGCUUAAGAGGGACUUCCUGCGCCUGUUGCCCCUGGAGCUCACUUUCUACCUGUUGCGGUGGCUGGACCCGCAGACCCUGCUUACCUGCUGCCUGGUGUGCAAGCAGUGGAACAAGGUGAUCAGCGCGUGCACGGAGGUGUGGCAGGGCGUGUGUCGGGACCUGGGCUGGCGCAUCGAUGACUCCAUCCAGGAUGCGUCCCACUGGAAGGGUGUCUACCUCAAGGCCAAGCUGCGCAUGAUGCAGCUGAAGAACCAGGAGGCAUUUGAGACGUCGUCGCUCAUCGGGCACAGUGCCCGUGUCUACGCCCUCUACUACAAGGACGGCCUUCUUUGCACAGGCUCUGAUGACCUUUCUGCCAAACUGUGGGACGUACGCACCGGGCAAUGCAUCUACGGCAUUCAGACGCACACCUGCGCCACGGUGAAGUUUGAUGAGCAGAAGCUGGUGACUGGUUCCUUUGACAACACCAUUGCCUGUUGGGAGUGGAGCACGGGGGCCAAGAUCCAGCAGUUCCGUGGGCACACGGGUGCAGUGUUUAGCGUGGACUACAAUGAUGAUCUGGACACACUGGUGAGUGGCUCGGCCGACUUCUCUGUGAAGGUGUGGGCGCUGUCGGCAGGCGCCUGCCUCAACACCCUGACGGGACACACCGAAUGGGUCACCAAGGUGAUUCUCCAGAAGAGUGAAGUAGAGUCCAUGGUCCACUGUCCUGGCGACUACAUCCUGUUGAGUGCUGAUAAAUUUGAAAUAAAGGUUUGGCCUAUAGGCAGGGAAAUUAACUGCAAGUGUUUGAAGACUCUGUCGGUGUCAGAGGACCGCAGUGUGUGUCUGCAGCCUCGCCUGCAGUUUGAUGGCCGCUACAUUGUCUGUAGCUCGGAUCUGGGGGUCUACCAGUGGGACUUUGCCAGCUUCGAUAUCCUCAGGGUCAUUAAAACACAGGACCCUGCCAACCUCUCCCUGCUCAGCUUUGGUGAGGUGUUCUCGCUCCUCUUUGACACAGACUUCCUGUAUGUCAUGGAUCUGAGGACAGAAAAAAUAACUGGCCGCUGGCCCCUGCCCGCCUACAGAAAGUCCAAACGAGGCUCCAGCUUCCUGCCGGGAGUCACCUCCUGGCUCAAUGGGCUGGAUGGGAGAAAUGACUCUGGCCUCGUGUUCGCCACCAGCAUGCCCGAUCAUAGCAUUCACUUGGUUCUGUGGAAGGAAAACACCACUAGAGGUGAAACCUACGAUGGCUAGGUUAUCAACUGCCAUGUAAACGGGGUGCUCUGACUUGAAACCCAUAGCCAAGUUAGAGAAUGCAUGGACCAAAGUGUUAAUGUUUUUUCUACCUUUCUCGACACAUGCUCUCAUAAUCAAACAUCAUGCAACAUGCUUUCAGAAAGACUAUUGGAGAUGGUUUCACCAACUGAAACGCUGCUAUGCAUACAAGGGGAUGGAAGGCCCAGUUCAGAGGGCAAAGGCAGCGGUUGGUGUUAGUUCCAACCCUGCCAUGGAUUCUCUCUUGAAGGAAAUACGAUGACGGGGAGGGUGGCUGAAUGAAGACGGAACUCUCGAGAAACUGGGUGGUCAUGUCAGGCUCCACAGCUGUAGAUAUUUCCCCUGUAUUACUAUGUAUCGGGACCUUUACACUUCGGACAGGGUUCUUCAAGCAGCUCAGAGACGGGGAGUUGCCUUAACACAGUACUACUUUACAAUGAAAUACAUUAUGACUGUGUCCUAGGUUUUUCAUAGACUGACCAACCAUCCCCAUGAGAGUUCCAUGUUGACAUUUUCAAAGUGGUUUAGUGCAUUGGAUUUGUACAAUGUGAAGCGUUUGUUGGAUAUUCAGUGUAACUCCAUUGUUGGAUAAUGCUUUUCUUAGUGGUGCUUGUUUUAAAAGUCAACUUGAGAAAUUUAGUCGUGCCUUUUUCGUUUGAUUUAAAUAUCCAUCUGUGUGAUAAGAAUUCCAUUACCCAGGCACACUGCAAUAACAUGACUGUGUUGUACAUUUUCUUUCAUACUAUAACAAACUGCAUACAAUGUAUUUCUAAUACCACUGUUUACCCUA